AUGCUUCUGCAGACCUUUUUGCUUUAUCCAAAAGUUGAAUCAUGGACAAUACAAGAAGAGAAUACUAGUGAUUGUUGCUCUUGGGAUGGUGUCGAGUGUGAUCAACAAAGCGGAAAUGUCAUCGAGCUUGACCUUAGCAGCAGUUGUCUUUAUGGUUCCAUCAAUUCCAACAGCACCCUUUUACGUCUUUCUCAUCUUCGAAGCCUUAACCUCGCCUAUAACCAUUUCAAUUACUCCCCAAUCCCGUAUGCCAUCGGCAAUCUAUCAAGUAUUGAUCUUGUUGGUUCAUAUUCUUCACAGUUGGAGUUGCUUUUAGAAUUGAAAACUCCUAAUUUAAGUAUCUUUCUCCAAAAUAUGACCAACUUGAAUCAACUUUAUCUAAGCUAUGUUGACAUUUCCUCCAUAGUGCCUGAUUUUUUGGCAAAUUUCUCUUCCUUGACAGUCAUCUCUCUAAAUGGCUGUGGGAUGUAUGGUGAAUUUCCCAAGGCUAUUUUUCAACUCCCAAACCUUCAGGUUCUUAGUUUAAGAGACAAUCAAGACCUUACUGGUUAUUUCCCUGAAUUUCAUAUUGGUAGUCCUCUUAAGCAAAUUUUGCUUUGGAAUACUAGUUUCUCUGGGGAAAUACCUUCUUCGAUAAAAAGGCUUGGUUCCUUAAACAUGUUAGAUCGUGGGGGGUGUAAUUUUUCUGGGUUAAUUCCUUCCUCAAUGGGUAAGCUAACUAGGCUUACUUAUUUAGACCUUUCAGAAAAUAAAUUUAUAGCUCAAAUCCCUUAUCUUCUUCAAAAUCUUACACAAUUAACUCUCCUAAUUCUUGCACAAAAUUACUUCCAUGGUGUCAUGCCAAGCUCAUUUUCAAGACUUGUGAAUCUUGAAGUUCUUAUCCUUCAUGACAACGAGUUGAGUGGCGCAGUGAAUUUUGAUAUUUUUCUCAACAUGAAGUAUCUCAAAAUACUUGAUCUAACAGCUAACAAAUUUUCAGUGUCCAUUACUGAAACUAACAGUACAAAUGCAUCUGUUCCUCAUUUUAACGUUUUAGGAUUGGGUUAUUGUAAUCUAAGAAAGUUUCCUGGUUUUUUAAGGUAUCAGGACAAUCUACGUCUUUUGGAACUUGUUGGGAACCAAAUACAUGGUCCAAUACCUAAUUGGCUAUGGAACAUAAGUUUGGAAACUAUUGAAGUUUUGGACCUUGGUCUCAACUUCUUGACUGGGUUUGGCAACCGACCUGGUCCGGUUGUUCUUCCAUGGCGGCGUCUUAAUAUCUUAUACCUUUUCAACGACAUGCUGAAAGGUCAACUUCCAAUUCCUCCACCAUCCAUCAUUACAUAUGGGGGUUGCACACAACGAACUAACCGGAGAAAUUCCACCCCUGUUUUGCAAUUUAAGUUCUCUCCAAUAUCUUGA